UACAAGUUCUAAGAACAUUACAGUUUAGCAAAAAUAUUAUCAAAUUAAUUUAAAAAAAAAUUAAAAUGCAAGAUCCAAAAAUCAAGCCAAAAAAGAUGAUAAACAUUGAAGCCGAUUGCGUUAAAGCAGUCAAUAUGUACAUGCAAGUUAAAGCCGAGUCAAAUGAUUUUAUCAAGAAAUUUCCAAAAUGGGAUACGUUACCAAAGUCGCUUGAUAACGAAUUAAUAAUAGCUAUUCGUGAACGAGAUGCUGCAAGAACCCGACUAGAAAUAAAGCGCAAAGAAAAAAAAGCAUUUGAUCGAGAAAUGAAAGAAAAGUGGAAAGAUUUGGAUCAGAAACUUAAAGAACUACGAGAAGAAGAGUUGAGACACGAACAGUUUUCUUCGGAAAACGAAUCGAAAUGCGAAAUGCUUAUAAGGAAGACAAAUGAAGACGACGAAGAAACGAAACGUUACGAACAGCAAACCGUUCCAAUGCAGAAGUCAAUUUUAAAGCUUGAAGAGGCUGCUGAGGGGAUGCAACGCAGCGUAGAUGAGUUGAAGCCGUUCGAAGAUUUUCUUGAAAAAGUAGUGGAAGAGUCAAAAGAGUUUAAAAACAUAGAUAACGUUAUAAAGAGAUACGAAAACUUGACCAACAUACGGAAAGAACUUGCACAAAAACACGAAAAAAAGACUGAGGAUUUGAAACGGUUGACGACGGACGUGUUCAGACGUUCAAAAGAAAAGAGCGAAGAAGCGGAGCAUGUUUCCGUCGAAAUGGCUGAUGUCAUCGAAUCAUUGGGAAAACUGAAAGACGAGAUGAUCAAAACCGACUUAGCUUAUCGCAAAAUCGAAAACGUGGCCAAAGAAAAGAAAAUCGAAGGAGACUUGGUGGCCGCCUCUGUGUGGAAUAUCUACAAGCAAAUGUGUCGGCGUGUAAAAAAAUCUGUACCUAAUAAAAUACCGGGUAUAGAAACUCAAUUAGCGUUCAUUGCGGAGGAAUACCAACAGUUGACCAAAGUAUUAAACAUGGCUGAAAAAAUCAAAGAAAAAAGCAACAAAAGGGAGAUUCUGAAAAACUGAAAAUCGUACUUGAUAUUUUGACAGCUUUUGACAACAUCCGACACUUUUGUUUCAAUCAGAUCAACGUAGAAAGUCAUGUUAUAUACGUUCGCUCGAAUAUCGUCUCCUGAAAUAUAUAUUUAAAUGCACGACUAGAAUAAUAUUAUAAACUGUUGAUAUUAUUGUUGUUUCAUGAAUAUUAUC